CUUUGUUGGUUAGAUCUCUCUCACUGUGAUUCUCUCUUGAGCCUUCCAACUGAAAUCUUCAAAUUAAAAUUUCUAAAAAGACUUUACCUCCUUGGUUACUUAAAUUUGGAGAAGAUCCCUGAAAUUAAGGAGACUGUAUCAUGGAACUACCUUCAUCAUUGCAGCAUUUGGUUGGACUUGAAGAAUUGAGCUUGUGUUACUGUCGAGAGCUCGAGACUAUUCCAUCUUCCAUUGGAAGUCUUAGCAAACUCAGCAAGUUAGACCUUACCUACUGUGAGUCACUUGAAACUUUUCCUAGCAGCAUUUUCAAAUUGAAGUUGAAAAAGCUUGAUUUGCAUGGUUGCUCAAUGCUGAAAAACUUCCCAGAUAUCUUGGAGCCUGCAGAAACUUUUGUUCACAUUAACCUAACAAAAACAGCAAUUAAGGAACUGCCUUCAUCUUUGGAGUAUAAUUUGGUUGCACUUCAAACCUUGUGCCUGAAGUUAUGCAGUGAUCUGGUGUCACUUCCAAACAGUGUUGUAAAUCUAAACUAUCUAUCUGAGAUUGAUUGUUCUGGCUGUUGUAGUUUAACAGAAAUCCCAAAUAACAUUGGUAGUUUGUCCUCAUUGAGGAAACUUUCACUUCAAGAAAGCAAUGUUGUGAACCUUCCUGAGAGCAUAGCUAACCUCUCAAAUUUAAAAUCACUUGAUUUAAGUUUUUGCAAAAGGCUUGAAUGCAUCCCACAACUUCCAUCCUCUCUAAAUCAAUUGUUGGCGUAUGAUUGCCCGUCUGUUGGAAGAAUGAUGCCAAAUUCAAGGUUGGAAUUAUCGGCAAUUUCCGAUAACGAUAUCUUCAUAUUCCAUUUCACCAAUAGUCAAGAACUGGAUGAAACUGUUUGCAGUAAUAUCGGGGCUGAAGCAUUUCUUAGGAUCACCAGGGGUGCAUAUAGGUCUCUGUUCUUCUGUUUUCCUGGGAGUGCAGUUCCUGGUCGGUUCCCUUAUCGUUGUACAGGAAGUUUGGUAACCAUGGAAAAAGAUUCUGUAGAUUGUCCCAAUAAUUACAGGCUUUUUGGUUUUGCUCUGUGUGUGGUUUUGGGACGUGUGGAUAUGGUAAUUGAUAACAUCAUUUGCAAAUUAACAUUUGAAUCUGAUGGUCACACACACAGUCUUCCUAUUUCUAACUUUGGCAAUAAUUACUAUUGCUAUGGGAAGGGUCGAGACAUGUUAUUCAUCCAAGAUCACACAUUCAUAUGGACAUAUCCAUUGCACUUUCGAAGCAUUGACAACAGAGUCUUUGAUGCCCAGAAAUUUACUUUUGAGUUCAGUGAAGUCUGUGAAGACAAUUGUCUCUCAUAUCUUAAAUCGGAUGUCAUGGUGAAAGAGUCUGGAGUAUGCCCUUUUUAUACAAUAUGAAAUCAUGAUAAUUGUGGUAAUAGUUUGAGACUUUUAAAUAAUGGCAUUGAAGAAUUGAGUGGGAGCAAUGCUGCAUAAUAAUAAGUUUUCUAUGCAAACAAACAAAAGAAGAUGGGUGGUUGCAGGUUAUUUCAUGGGUUCCUUUGCAACAAGAUAUCCAAGUUACCAUAAGACAAGGCAUUUCAAAUUCAUUUGAACUGUGUCAUUUUCUUUGUCCAUGCCCUGAUUGGCCAGCUUGUAUGCACUUCAUGGAGAACAUCAAGUCAUCACCGAGGAUGAUCAUAUUUUAUUUCAGGUUAUGACUUAUAUCAUAUAUAUAUAUAUAUAUGGUAGGCAUGAUGUGGUUAGUUCGGUGUUAAUUGUGGUUCGAUAGUUACUACUUACUAAUUUGAAGACCAUUUUAAUUUUCUAAUGUACUUCUAGAAUAUAGCUCAAAACCUUAAAGAUUUAUUGAGUUGUGGAAUGGAACACAGAGAGAGUAUAAGAAGAACUCAUUCUAAGCUUUCUUCUUGUCCAAAUAAAUGUAUAUAUUAUGAAGCGUAACUUUAUACUUCCUCCAACUUUGAAGUGAAUCUCAGUAACAUGUCUGUUUCUUUUUCUCCA